AUAUCACUAAUACUGACAUUACUCUCGAUUAUUUAAUCUUACCGAGACCAUUAUUGCUACCUGUUCUUUUCGCCCACAGGGGAGGAGAGGGGGAGAAAGCAAGGGAGAGAGGAAAAUGGACAGAAAGGAAAGCAAGACCACUCAACAUCCAAGGGAAAAGGGGAAGGAGGCUCAAGGAAAGGGACAUAGAGAAAGAAGAAACGACGGAAAUAUCAAUGGUGAAAGUGUAAGUGGAGAAGAAACUGGAAACGAGAGUGAAGUAGAAGAGGAAAGAGUAAGAACAGGAAAAUACGACUUUAAUUACAAAGCUAAAGGCAAAUCAAAGGACAAAAAUCAAAGUGAAGAUGAAGACAGAGAGGAAGGAGAAUCGACCAAUAACAAAGACGGAGGUAAAGACGACAACGAAAAAGGUGAAGGAAAAAGUGACUCCAGUGACGAAGACGAUAAAGAAAGGAAAGGAGAAAGUUAUUACCAUGCCGAUGACGAAGACGAAGACGAUGACGAAGUGGGAGUAAAAAGUGACUACAGUGACGAAGACGAUAAAGAAAGGAAGGGAGAAAGUUAUUACCAUGACGAUGACGAAGACGAAGACGAUGACGAAGGGGGAGUAAAAAGUGACUACAGUGACGAAGACGAUAAAGAAAGAAAGGGAGAAAGUUAUUACCAUGACGAUGACGAAGACGAAGACGAUGACGAAGGGGGAGUAAAAAGUGACUACAGUGACGAAGACGAUAAAGAAAGGAAGGGAGAAAGUUAUUACCAUGACGAUGACGAAGACGAAGACGAUGACGAAGGGGGAGUAAAAAGUGACUACAGUGACGAAGACGAUAAAGAAAGGAAGGGAGAAAGUUAUUACCAUGACGAUGACGAAGACGAAGACGAUGACGAAGGGGGAGUAAAAAGUGACUACAGUGACGAAGACGAUAAAGAAAAGAAAGAAGAAAGUUAUUACCAUGGCGAUGACGAAGACGAGGACGAUGACGAAGGGGGAGUAAAAACCGAUUACACUGACGAAGACGAUAACGGAGGGAAAAAAGAAAGCGAUUACGAUGAUGAAGACGAAGAAAGAAAACAAAGAGACAGCAUGAGUUACAAAGCUCAAGUGAAAUCAAGGGGCAAUGGACGAAGCGAAGAUGAAGAUGAUUAUGAGGGAGACUCGACAAAUGACGACGACAAGGAUGAAAGCGACAACGGAAGAGGUGAAAGAGAAAGUGAUUACAGUGACGAAGACGAUAACGAAAGGGAAGGAGAAAGCUAUGACGAUGACGACGACGACGACGACGACAAAGAAAGGGAAAUAGAAGGCGAUUGCAGUGACGAAGACGAUGACGAAUGGGAAGGGGGAAGCAGUUACAGUGAAGACGAAGAAGAAAGCGAUUAUAGAGACCGAGACAAUAGCAUAAACGAAGGAGACAGUUAUAACGAGGAUGACGUAAGGGAAGAAGUAAGCGAUUACAGCGAAGACGACGAAGAAAGCGAUGGUGAAGACGAAGACGAUAGCGAAGGCGAACACGAUGACAAACUCGAGAACGAAAGCGAAGGAAAAAGUGAUAACGAAGACGAAGACGAAGGAGAACGCAUUUACGAUGAUGAAAAUAAUGGCAUUAAAAAAGGUAAAGUAGAAAGAGAUCGCGAUGUCGAAGGCGAUAACGAAAGGAAAAUACUAAAAGAAACGAUGAACCAAGUAGAAAAGAGAAAUAGAGAAGACGAAACGAGGACAAGAAAAGAAGAUGAAACCGGGAACGAAGGAAACAAAGAAGAAGGCGCGAGGAGACAAGAAGAUAUAAACUGUAAAGAUGUAACCAAAAACCAAGAAUACAAAGCAAGUGAAGAAGAAACGAGGCACCAAGAAGACGAAACAACGAAAGAGGACGAAACGAGAAAAGAAAAAAACGAAACAGAAAGAGACGAAGGAGCGGUGAACCCAGGGAAGUGGAAGCAAGAAGACAAAACAAGCAAGGAAGAAGAAAUGAGAAUCAAGGAAGACAAAGCAAGUGAAGCAGAAACAGGGAACCCAGAAGGCAUAUACAGAGAGGAAGAAAUGACAGAACAAGGAGACGAAAUCAAUAAAGAGGAGGAAAUGAGGAACCGAAAAGACAAGGCAAAUAAACAAACAGGGUACCAAGAAGACAAGACAGAGGAAGAGGAUGAUGCGAAGAACCGGGAAGAAAAGACAACGAAAGAGGAGGAAACGAGAACCAAAGGAGGCAAAAGAAAGGUGGAAGGAGAAACGAGGGAAUUAGAGGCCAAAACAGAUAAACAAUUAGGCAACCAAGAAGGUAAUUCAGAUGAAGAGAAUGGAGAGUUUGAUAAAACAGGAAACCAAGAAGGAAAAUCAAGGAAUGAACGAACGAGCAACCAAGAAAACAACAGAAAUAAAGAAGAAAACAUGUGGGACCAAAAAGAAAUAAAAACUGGCGUAGAAGCAAUGAAGACACAGGAAGACCAGACGAAUAAAGAGGAAGAACCGAUGAACCAAGAAGAAAAAGCAAAUAAACACACAAGGAAUCGAGAAGAAAAUACAAAUAAGGAAGAAACAAGGAUAAAGGAGGAGGAGGAGGAAGAGGAGGAGGCGGAGACCCUCACACUGACUCCUCAACACACAGCAGGACCGGGCUGGGACGGCGAAGGAGCUCGGGACAAAUACGGGCGGCUGCAGGACGGCUCCGGAGCACAGGUUAAGCACCAUCAUGGAAGACCAGGCAUAUGGUUGACUAAGAAAAAAACGAAUAACAACUCGAAAACCAGUACAUCUACAUCUACCACUUCACGAGUUGACGAAGGCAGCAGCGCGGUAUCCGUCAGGCCAAAGACCCAGAGGCCUCGGGAGCGGGAAGGCGCGGCGGGAGACAGCCCCAGUUCGCCGCUCGGCUCGACUUCCAAGGGCAGCGAAGCCGCGACGAGAUCGCCGCACAGGAGAGGGGGCUCUCAGGACACCAGAGGAAGGCGAAGCUCAGAAGGACCCGACGGGGAUGAUCCUGAGUUCAGACCACAGGACUUGGCGAAGUUUCUGGGGCGGCAAGACGGCUUUCAAGCACCCGUGGGCGACAUGAGAGAUAGUUUCUCUUGGCAAGUAAAUCGGGCAUUAGCAAGCCUCCCUCAUAUCUUUUGUAUGAAGAAUGAGAGGAUGAAGCUGCAGCCAAAGAUCAGAGUCUGCUCUGCCUAUACGUCGCGCAGAGGGUGCAUUGACCGGGCAUCAUGCUUUAACAUUCAUAUCUGCUCCGGCUUUAUUUUUGGCGACUGUGCGUUGGAAAACUGCAGCAUGGGGCAUAGAUUGCGCACGAACCAUAAUAUCAGGGCAAUCCAAGCUUUUUAUCUAGAGUGUCUAAGUGAUAAACAAUUGGUUCUUCUUGUAAAAGAGAAUGGAAAGGCAUUACAACAGGCGCCUUACAGUUUCCAGGUAUCUUCCCAAAUUCCUGAGAUAUGCUAUAAGUCUGUGUCUGGGUUCUGUGACGAUACUGGUUGCCGGAGGUUCCACUCAAAGAUCCACUUUCAUUGGCAAAUGACCGAGGAUUUUAAAACUUGGUUUAACUUCCCGGAGAAGCAAGUUUUUUUCCUGGAAGAAUGUUUCUGUAAUCCUGAGAAUGACCUUGUUAAACUGGAAGCACUCGAUGAUCCCUGCCCUAACAGAGACCUAGCCGUUCUAUUGAAAUACAAAUCUUGGGGAAUAGCCUUCAAAAACACGAUCUGGGAAAAUAACUGUCCAGUAAUUCCUAUUCGCUGUGAAGGCACGAGCUAUAACAUCAGGAGACUUUGCACCGAGAGAAGUCCGACAAAGAAACUCAGAGCAAACAGAUUCAUUUGGUAUUUCCAAGAUGACUCGCAGAAAUGGGUUUCGUUUAACUCUUCUAACAAUAACAGACUUGAAGAAGCUUACCUAAAGAAUCCAAAAGAAGCAGUGAAAGUGGAGACAAUGAUAUCAAAACACGAAGUGGAUUUCAGCAAAAUGCUGCAGAAAAAUGUAACGGCUCAGAAUUGUACAGAGAUACGGCGCAGACCCCUGCCAUUAGUAAGAACUCAUUCGAGAUGAUGGAAAAGAUCUAUGUAAAUUUUGAGUUAUUUUGGGGAGAUUAUAUGUUACACAUGUAUGAAUUCUAUCCUGGCAUAUACACUCUAUGUUUGUGUAUUAAGUUUUAUAUCUAUUUUAUAUAAAGAUAUGAAUAUUAAACAGACAUGUCAACUCUCAGCUGACCCCUUGUUUAGUCAAUAUAGUAGUAACAAAUACUAAUAUGCGCUUUUCAAAUACCCCCACAAAAAUGGCAACCCUCAUCCGUGUUUGAGAAAAAAAACUGCCAAGGUGAAACAUUUGUUUCGAUACCUCUUUAAGACACACUUCACACUCAGGUUAGUAAUAUGCAAUAAGUCUUUGGUCUCAAAGAGUAUAAUUCCAUAUUUAGUUCAGGGAAACAUUACUCCCCUCAGGAGCCAUGGGUGCUUGACUGAUGAACCCCCCCUGGACGCGACAGAAAGUGAACAAGAAUCUUUAUAAAUUCAAGCACACGCAUUAGACUCGCGCCUUGAUUCCAAAUUUACCUAUUUUGCUAUUAGCAUGGGCAAUAAAAGGACGUGUUAGAUACUUUACUCGGUUUGGAGAUGAGUAUAGGAUAAAAAAUAUACAAAUUUGUGUCCAAUCUGAAGUGAACCCGAGUUGAGAGCUCGCGAGCCUGACAAGUGGGGUUGCUUUCGUCAACCCACCUCACUUCACCUAGUCUACCCAGGUCCAAAAGCGGUUAUCUACGGGAUAUUAAAGUAGGAGACGCCCAGAGAUACGUCAUUAUUAUCAGACAUUCCUUAGAAACACAUGACGUCACCAUGCAUUUUCGUAUUUUUAUUUGAUAACUUUUCUUAACCAAGAAUCCAAAGAGAACAACAACAACAACAACAACAACAAAAAAUAUAUUACCACACACAGAAAGUAUAUAAAGAGUUUAAUGUAUGUUCGGUUGCGUUUUGUUUCUGUAACGUGUGCCCACUGACUUUAAUAUCCAGAUGACGAAAGCGUUGCAGUAUUCUUCUUGGGGAAAUGCCAAUCUGUAAAUCUUAUGUUAAUCGAUCUUUGACGCACACACAUUCAUACAUGUAACGUAUUUGCUGACUGUGUCUAUGUCACUCCGCAAGUAACUUUGAUUUUAUGUGUUUACACAGAUUAUUGAAUUUUUUUUUUUAUUUAUGUUGAAUUUUACAUUUGCAGUGUCGCAUUCUAUUUUAAGUUGUUAAUUCAAUGUUAAUUUGGCAAAUUAAAUGUAUAAAUCAAAAUGUAAUUAAAAUUCAAUGAUCAUA